UGGAGGAGCCUAGUAGGCUGCAGUCCAUGGGGUCGCUAAGAGUCGGACACAACUGAGCGACUUCACUUUCACUUUUCACUUUCAUGCAUUGGAGAAGGAAAUGGCAACCUACUCCAGUGUUCUUGCCUGGAGAGUCCCAGGGACAGGGGAGCCUGGUAGGCUGCCAUCUAUGGGGUCGCACAGAGUCAGACACGACUGAAGUGACUUAGCAGCAGCAGCAGAACUUAAUCCUCUCCUUACCCCCUCAGCCUCCUCCAUGGAGCUGCUGGGUGAUUUCUUUCAGCUCUGUCUUCCACUUGGCUGGUUCUCUCUUCAGCUGUGGCUUAUCCACCACCUGAACCCGUUAAAAGUAGGGCUUCCCAGGUGGCUCAGCGGUAAAGAAUCUGCCUGCCUGUGCAGCGGACGCAGGUUCAAUCCCUGGGUCAGGAAGUUCCCCUGAAGGAGGAAAUGGCACCCCACUCUAGUAUGCUUGCCUGGGAAAUCCCAUGAACAGAGGAGCCAGGUGGGGCUACAGUUCAUGGGGUCCCAAAGAGUCGGACAUGAUUGAGCACACGUGCACAAACCCGUAAGUACUUAGUGUCACUGUCUUUCAGUUCUGCAAAUAUCUUUUUCAGAUCAGUAGCUCUGUUUUGAGUGUAUGGCCCCUUCUGUUUUUGAUGCCUUCUUUUCUAUUGUUAGUUUAAACAUCCUUGUCUUACAGUCUCCAUCACACUCACCUAGUACCUGAAGCAGACGGGCAUCCUGUUGUUUUCUGAUGCCUCUUUAGAUUGUGUUUGUGACCUGGGAUGGGGGACUCGUUCCUAGUUCCAGGUUCUGUCUGUGGAGCUCCUGGGUGGCCUGCUUUGCAGGCAAGUUCUUUUUUUUUUUUUUUUAAUAAUAUUUGUUUUUAUUUAUUUAUUUGACUGUGCUGGGUCUUAGUUGCAGCAUGUGGGAUCUAGUUCCCUGACCGGGGAUCAGACCCUGGGCCCCCUGCAUUGGGAGCAUGGAGCCUUAGCCACUGGACCACCAGGGAAGUCCCAGGCAAGUUCUUCCAGGUGGUUUUUGCAUGUGCCUACCAGGUGCCCCAGAAGUGGCUUCUAGGUGGCGCUAGUGGUAAAGAACCCGCCUGCCAAUGCAGGAGACUUAAGAGACCCGGAUGAUCCCUGGGUUGGAAAGGUCCCCUGGACGAGGACACAGCAACCCACUCCAGUAUUCUUGCUUAGAGAAUCUCAUGGAGAGAGGAGCUUGGCGGGCUACAGUCCAUAGGGUCGCAAAGAGUCGGAAGCAACUGAAGCAAUUUAGCAUGCACACCUGCCCCAGAUGUGUGAUUCUAAGAUUCUCAGCUCUUGAUUCUGUCCCAAAUGGCCACAAAAUCCCAAACCCCUGUUACUGGUCUUGGCAUCUAGACCCUACUUUUCAACUUCCCAGUGGGGUUUCUGGGGCUUCCCUUAGAGUCUCACAAGUUGGUAAGGUGUUUAUUUUAUCCAGUAUGGCUAGGCAUUCUGUAAGCAAGAGGGUUCUUUGCGUUUGUGGAGUCACAUUGCUGGAAAUGGAACUUGGCAGCAGGAACGACGUUGAAACCCAUUUGAGUGAUCCGGCUGGUGGCAGGAUGCUGGAGACGGCAGGUGGAAAACCUCCCCACCCAGUUCUACAUACCCUUGGCUGCCGAGCCGGAAUGCCUGAGAUGGCCGGCUAAUUCCCAGGAAUGUCCCAGCUCGUUCCAACCUCCCUCCCAUCCUUCCGCCGAGACUUUCGUGAAGGAAGUGCCUGCCCCUUACCCUGACAAUUUCACCCCUGCUCUGCCUGCCAUGUGGACCGAGGUCUGAGGCCUCCCCCACCACACCGGUCUACGUGCCCCCAGUGGUUCACAUCAGGAGCCUUGCAUUCAGUAGGACUUGGGGUUCAAACCCCACCUGUGUCUCUUAAUUCUGGGUGACUUUAGAUAAGUGACAUUCCUCCCAGUGACACCCCCCAUCUGAAGGUAGUCUCAACAAGCAGUUGAGAAGAAAAAAGCACACCAAAAUCACUGAAGCAGUCCCCCGUGGGUGGUGCUGUGGUCUUUUCCUACUUCUCGAUACAAAGGGCAGCAAAAAGCCUCGAGCUUGCAUCUUGGCUCACCUGAAAUGGAUGAGCUCCUGAAGCACAUGUCCUGGGUCAAAGGGAUGGGAUUAGUGGUUUCUGUAGCCAGUGUUCAACUGCCACUGGUUUAUACUGCUACCAACAGGCAUGCCCAUUACACACACACACCCAGCCACGUGUAAGCAGACUCUUUGCCAGUCUCAGGGGCAGUCUCACCUGAGUUUUCAUCUGGUCUUGCCUGCAUUGGGUUCAAGCACCUUGUCAAAUCUACACAAGUUGCUUGUAUUUCAGGACUUCCCCUGGUGGUCCAGUGGUUAAGGCUCUGGGUUCCCAACGCAGAGACACAAGUCGGAUCCCCUAUUCAGGAUCUUGCAUGACACAGGACAUGGCCUAAAAUUUUUUAAAAAUUGAAAAUAAAAAAGAUGCUCUUAUUUCCUUUGCCUCGAGCAUUUUGUGUGUGCUUAGCUGCUCAGUUGUGUCCAACUCUGCAACCCCAUGGACUGUAUAGCCCACCAGCCGCCUCUGUCCAUGGGAUUCUCCAGGCAAGAAUACUAGAGUAGGUAGCCAUUCCCUUCUCCAGGGAUCUUCCCAACCAAGGGAUCGAACACUGAGUCUCCUCCAUUGCAGGUGAACUUUUUGCCAUCUGAGCCACCAGGGAAGCUUCUAAGAGGCUCUCAACUGCUCAGUACCAGGCACCCUGAUACACACUAAAUAUGUCUCCUGUUUGUCCUCAAGACCUCAUGUGGGAGGGACUCUGUUAGCCCCCUUUCAUGGCUGAGGAUGGAGGCUCGCUUCCCCAGGGUGAUGGAGAAGGGCUGGGAGAUUGCCGGAACCAGGGCAGGGCUUAACCUCCCCUCCUGCUCUGUUGCCCUCCAACCCCAGGUAGGGCUGGGAUCCCAGGGGACUCAGGUUGGCCUUCUAGAGACAGGAGUCCCUGCAGGGUGUUUCCUGCCCCUGUGUCCCAGCUCUUGGCAGUCCCCAGGCCUCUCCCUUUUCCUGUUUUGAUACUGCCUGGGCCAGACCCGGAGGCAGGGCAUGAUGUCUUAAUCCUCCAGGCAGGAGCCAUGAUGGAUUCCCAGUCAGCUCACCCACCUCUUCCCUGCAUGCACAUCCGCUCUACCUGGUGCACAAUGUGGGGGCUACUGGGCCCCAGCACCCUGCCCGAGAGGGGAGGACCCCCACUGGGAGACCCUUGGGGCCCCCCAACCCUCCCUCCAGACAGCAGGUGGGGUGGGGACCCCAAGUUGCCCUCCCUGAGCUCGGCCCUGGCUGCCGACACAGCACUCGUAAAUCAAGGGGCGGAGGGGGUGUUGGAAAUGGGUCUGUGGAAUGUCUGGAUGGGGUGUGUGUGUGAGGGGGUGUGCACCCUUAACUCUUGGAAGGAUGGGGUGUGGGGCAGAGGAGCGGGGCUGCCUGGGCCUGAGGUGUGCGACGUUGGAGCCUUUGCAACAAGCAGCAGCCGGAAGUGAUGAGGUUAAUUCCCCAGCUCGGGCAGAGAGGGGAUAAAUUGAGGGUGCCGGGCAUCCGCAUCCUCAGGACCUGCCCGUCACCAUGGCCACAGGAAGAGUCUUGCUAGGCUCUCUGCUUCUCCUGAUCCUCCACUUGGACCUUGGUGGAAGCCGGGGGGCCUGGGAGGCUCUGGUGGCGGAGAGAGAGCUCUCAUUUGAGCCAGCGGUGGACAGAGAGACCCAGAGGCCACAACUGGGAGCCCGCUUGCGCCGAUCCCUGACCAGCCCGUGCCAGCUGUGGAGCCUGUCCUUGCCUGUGGCUGAGCUGGGCCUGGGCUACACGUCGGAGGAGACGGUCAUCUUCCGCUACUGUGCUGGCAGUUGUCCUCGCGGUGCCCGCACCCAACACGGCCUGACGCUGGCCCGACUGCGGGGCCAGGGCCGAGCCCAUGGAGGACCCUGCUGCCGGCCCACCCGCUACGCCGAUGUGACCUUUCUCGACGACCGCCACCGCUGGCAGCGGCUGCCCCAGCUCUCGGCAGCAGCCUGUGGCUGCGGUGGCUAAGGAUGGCCGACCCGGAGCCCUGCAGCCGCUGGAGAAGCUCAGCUGACUUACUUACUGGAGGCCCAGAGGCUGAGGCAAAGAGAAGGGAAGGUGGGCUGGGGCCACCAGCAAGGGGCUCAAUAAAGGAAACUGCUCCUCCAGCCUUAUGACUGUGUGUU